GCAUUUCUGUUUUUGGAUGAAAUGUUCACAUUUUUGUCAUCAAAUUUGAUUCAGGAGAGAAACUAGAGAGAGAAAGUGGAGAGAGAUUGGGAUAAGGAUGCAGAAAGAAUACUUUAGGGUUAGGGUUUCAAUCAAUGGGAUCCCCUGAAAUUGACAAGACCACCACCCCCACCACCACCACCACCACCACCACCACCACCAACACCAACACCUCCCCAUCAGACUCUGUUACAAUCCAAGACUCCGCUAUAUUUAGUUACAUAAGCAACCUUUCCCCUAUAAAGCCUGUGAAAGCAGCACCUAUGGCAGCAGGCUUCUCAGGACUUGGCUCUCCUCCUAGUGUGUUCACAUCACCUCAUCUAAAUCGACAUCAAGAAACAUCUUAUUUGAAAAGGCCUCGAUGCCGUCAAUUAUGUAGUGCAGAAUUAUCUCAACAGGAUGUUAGAGGCAAGAAAAUUGCCAUAUGUUCAAAUGAAAUUGAGAAAUCCGAAACCCAAGGCAGCAGUGUAUUGGUCCCUUGCACUGAGAAAGAAUGUGAAAACAAGGGAUCUGUGCAAGGCCAGGCUACUAGUCCCUCAGGAUGUGUUGAUGAUUAUUUGGCCGAUUCUGUGGAGGUGGAUUGUGCAAACUCUGUACAUUCAGGCAGUUUAAGUUUGAUACAAUCUGGUGAUGUGCCUAAAUCAUUGAAUGAUUGUAAUGAUUUGAAGGAAAUGAUACCAAAACUUGAUGAAAAAAAUGAUAUAGGACAAUAUGCAGAGAAGGCAUUAGGUGCUUUUCCAGCCACUUCAGAGCUAGCUGGGCAGAACUUUCAAGAAAAGUCAUCAUUUGACAAUAAGCCUGUUGAAACUGAUACUAAGCAGGGAAGCAGUGAGAUGACUCCAAAUAUAUGCCCAAUAGUUGAAUCUGAUUUGUCUGUAGACAAAGCACUUGAAGAACAUUAUGAUCUUCCAGUAGCUCAGCAUGUUGUAGCUGCACAUAAGGAGAAAUUGGAUUGUGCAAUUCAGUUUCUUCAGGAAUCUUUGCAGCCCAUUCAGGGAUAUGGCGAUAGCAGCAUGACCGCUAUACAAGCCUCAGACAGACAUGUUGAGAAUAUCAUCCUCCAUGAUCCCAAGGGUAAACAGCAUUCUGGCAUGCAUAGACGCUGUCCUUGGUUUGAAGAGGCUCAUCAGAAUAUUAUGACAAACAGCCCUGGUUUUGGGAGUCCGUCAAAUAUUGUAACUAACUCAAGGCUAUCUACUAGUCAUGCAGACUUGGAGGUUUUUGAAUCAUCUUGUCUAGAAGUAAGUGCAGCUUCCAGUGGUAGGCAGCUGAUUAACUUGACCCAACCCAUGAUUUCCCAUAGAAACAGUGGAUCAAAAUCAGCAGUUUUGAAGCCUUCAGGUAUUGGAUUACACUUAAAUAGCAUCAUUAAUGCCAUGCCAAUAGCUUGUGGCGCUAUUGGAAGCAUGAAAUCUGCUGAAAAGGGUUACAUGAAUGUAGAAGGGAGGAAAUUAAUCUGUCAGCAACCAGCAAACACAAAGAGUGGCUCAAUUUUACGGAAUGUGAGAGAGAAAGUUUCAGCAAGCAGUGAAGAUGGUAGUUAUGAAACUCAGGCCUUAGCAGCAAUAACUUCUCUUGCUUCUCAGUCUUCCCAAAUUGAGAAACCAUCAAAUGAUCCUGCAUUGUUGAAGCAAGGCGAGUAUCAGACAACUCCAUGUGACAAAGGGAAGUCCAUCUCCAAACGUGCUGAUGCUGUUGAGGAAUUGAACCGAUCAAGCCCCAAAAAGAAAAGGAAGAAGGCAUGGACCACCAAUGAUGAUGAUGAUGAUGAUGAUGAUGAUGAUGAUUAUAGUUGCAUUCAUUGCAAUUGUAAGAAGUCUAAAUGUUUAAAACUUUACUGUGAUUGUUUGGCUGCUGGAAUCUAUUGCGAUGAAACUUGUACUUGCCAAGAAUGCUUUAACAGACUUGACUAUGAAGAUACAGUUCAGGAGACCCGGCAACAAAUCGAAUCUCGAAAUCCACUUGCAUUUGCUCCAAAGAUUGUACAGCAUGUCACUGACUCUCCCGCAAACAACAAUGGGGAGAAUGGUAAUAAUUCGACACCAUCCUCAGCAAGGCACAAAAGAGGGUGCAAUUGCAAGAAAUCUAUGUGUUCAAAAAAAUACUGCGAGUGCUAUCAGGCUAAUGUUGGAUGCUCUACUGGAUGCCGGUGUGAAGGCUGUAAAAAUGUCUAUGGUAGAAAGGAAGAAUAUGACAUGACUAAGGAUGCAUUGAGCAAAGGACCCAUUCAUGAAAGUUUUGAAAACACAUUUGACGAGAAACUCGAAAUGGUGUCAAACCAAGAAGGUUUGUUGCAGACUGAGCUGUGUAAUCCUCAAAACUUGAUGCCUUUGACACCAUCAUUCCAGUUCUCGAACCAUUGGAAAGAUGUGUCGAAAUCCCAGUUUUCUACCAGAAGAAGCCUUCCAUCACCUGCAUCCAAUGUUACCUUCUUGCCACCUCAUGGAAAGUCACAAAGAUCUCCUGAGAAUUCUGAUAGCCAUGGCAUGUUACUGAAAGCUAGGAAACACGAUGAAGAUGUAGUUUCUUGUUAUCAGGGAUUGGAUUAUAGCAAUGCAGAGACAGUGGAUGGAUUCUCACUGAGAUGUGACGAACUUGCCAUUGGAAAUGAUCUCAGUACACUAACUAAUCCUCCCUCAACAACAAUAGCUUCUCCAUUGUCAUCAAAAUUAAGCGACUGGACAACUAUUUCAAGAUCCCAAUCAUGUCCCGUUAGUGGCCAUUUAUCAUCAAUUGGUUCUGAUGAGAAGCUUCCUGAUACAAUGGAAGAUAACAUGACUGAGAUACUGAAGGACACUUCUACCCCCCUCGAUGCACUGAAAGUUAUGUCCCCGCCAUGCAUUGAUUCCAAAGACAGUACCAGUCAGAAUGUAAAUGAUCCGGAAGAUUGUAGUAGCAAGAAAUGACAAUCAACUGGAGACCAUCCUUAUUAUGAAAAUCCAUCACCUAUGUUGUACCCUUCCUCCCAAAGCAUUCCGGCAUCUGUUAUUCCUAGUCUCACCCAGUGAAGCAAAAUUGAACAAGGGAGAAAGACAUGGAAUUGAUUGGAACCGUAGCCAAGUGGCUAAGGCUUGAGUUUGCAAAACUUAUAUUCGUCAGUUCAAAUCCGACCAGUUCCUACAGCGCCAUUCCACUCAUCAUUUUUUUACAUGCUUGGGGCCCCAGACCAAAGGUUCAAAGUUGAGAAUUCUUGGGGAGAGAAUUUUUGCAAGUUUCAUUCAUUUAUACCAAACAACUAGUGAAAUAAUCCCAACACACACUGUUACUUACCUGAUUAGGCUUAGCUAGCUAAUCCUAUCCUUCAAUUUGUAAUUUAUGAUUUUUAGUUAGUAGUAACAGAAUAAUAAGGAUCAGGUUGUAAUCCUUUUCUAGAGAUUAGGUUGUUAUCCCUUUAUAUUGGAAAUAAACACAGUGAAGCAAGCAGAUUUUUACCAACAAAGCUCAGGAGGAAAGGGGUCCCUCGAAGAACCCCAUACUCAUUCCUUUUUAUCGGCAAUACUCCCAUUUUUACAUGCAAAUUAGUAAGGUCUUUUACAUACACACAAUGAUCUCAUGUUCAUAAUUAUAAUAAUUGUCAAGAAUGUCAUGCUUACUGAAAAGAAAGAAACUUUCCAAUCACCUGAACUAGAAAAAAACAAAAAAAUAGAUCCUUAAUUAGUGCACUCCAAAUUCCAAUAGACUGAUUAUCCAACCUAAAAGAGCCUGUAAUAAUCCUCAUUUGACCAAAGCUCAAUAGUAGACUCAACUUCUACCAGUAGCGCACAAAAAAAUAUUAAGGAAAGUCUGGCCACAUCGACUUUUAAGUGCCUGUCGAAGCUUCUUGUAGACUCAAAAAAAUAUAGAGAAUAAAACACAACAUUUUAAAAAUGCACUUCAAAAUACUUUAUUUUUCAGCAUAAGGAUGUUCUGAAUUACACCAUAACCCAAAAGGACAAUCAACUAUGGAAAAAAGAUCUCAAAAUGAGAUAAACAACCCAUCUCAAAGAAAACAGGAUAUAGCCAUAGAGAAAAUUAUUUUAGGAAAAGACAAAACUAAGAGAUUGAGCAAUGCAAGUAUACCAUAUACCC